AUGUGUAUUUCCCACAUCCCUCCAGUGAAUUUUAUAUAGGAGAACAGUCACGUCCUCAUACAAAGGAUGGGAAUGACUGAAAAGGAAACUGUGGAUGAACUCUUUGUAUGGAAUGUUCUGAAUAAUGAAGUAAACAUCAUUUGCUUUGAGAAGGUCGAGCGGGAUUCUGCGAGAGGGAUCAUUCACAUGAUUUUGAAGACGGGUUCAGAAGCCUGUAAACUCUUUCUUAAAUCCUUUGAAAAGUGGAACUAUCCUCUGUUUCAGGACUUGCACGGACUAAGUCUUUUUCAUCAGAUGUCAGAAAAAGACUUAGAUGGUUUGGCUCAGGAUUUAAAGGAAUUUUAUCAUACCCCAUCUUUUCUGAACUUCUAUCCCCUGGGAGAAGAUAUUGACAUUAUUUUUAAUUUGAAAAGCACCUUCACAGAACUGGUUCUAUGGAGGAAGGACCAACACCAUCACCAUCUGAGGCAGCUGACCCUGAGUGGCCUGCUGGACGCUCUUCAGAACCGCUGCAUCAUCGAAGGGGAAUCGGGCAAAGGGGAGUCCACACUGCUGCAGCGAAUCGCCACACUCUGGGCCUUUGGGAAGUGCCGGGCUCUGACCAAAUUCAAGUUAGUCUUCUUUGUCCAUCUGAGCAAGGCCCAGGGUGGACUUUUUGAAACCUUGUGCGACCAACUCCUAGACAUACCUGACAUGAUCAGGAAGUCAACUUUCAAGGCCAUGCUGCUUGAAAGGCGGAGGGUUCUUUUUCUCCUUGAUGGCUACAGUGAAUUCAAGGCCCAGAACUGCCCAGAAAUUGAAGCUCUGAUAAAGGAAAACCACUGCUUCAAGAAUAUGGUCAUUGUCACUGCCACCACAGAGUGCCUGAGGUAUGUCCAGCAGUUUGGGGCGCUGACUGUUGAUGUGGGGGACAUGCUGGAGGAAAGUACCCAGGCUUUCAUCUGGAGAGUGCUGAUUAAGGAGCUUGCAGAAGGCUUGUUGCUCCAAAUUCAGAAAUCCAGGUGCUUGAGGAAUCUGAUGAAGACCCCUCUCUUUGUGGUCAUCACUUGUAUAAUCCAGAUAGGGGAAAGUGAGCUCCACUCUAAUACACAAACCACACUGUUCCAUACCUUCUAUGACCUGCUAAUAAAUAAAAACAAGCACAGAUAUAGAGGGGUGGCUCUGAGUGACGUCACUCAGAGCCUGGACCACCGCAGAGACCUAGCUCUGGAGGGGGUGUUCUUCCACAGGUUUGAUUUCGAACCAGACGACUUGUCCAUUGUGAACGAGGAUGUCCUACUGACAGUGGGCCUCCUCUGUAAAUACACAGCUCAACGGUUCAAGCCAAUGUGUAAAUUCUUCUAUAAAUCGUUCCAGGAGUACACAGCAGGAUGCAGACUCAGCAGUCUACUGACAUCUGGAGAGCCAGUGGAGGUGACCAAGGGGAACAGCUACUUGCCAAAAAUGGAUUCCAUUUCAGACAUCAUAUCCAAGUAUAGCAACCUGCUCAUGUACAUGUGUGGGUCGUCUGCCAAAGCCACGAGGACUGCUCUGAAACACCUUGCAUCAGUGUAUCAACAUGGCAGCCUCCUUGGGCUUUGUGUCACCAAGAGGCCCCUCUGGAGGCAGGAAUCUAUGCAAGAUGUGAAAAACACCACUGUGCAAGAAAUUCUGAAAGCCAUAAAUAUCACUUCCUUUACAGAGUGUGGCAUCAAUUUAUUCCGUGGGAGUAUAGCCGCAUCAAACCUGAGCAAAGAAUUUGAAGGUUUCUUUCAUGGCAAAAGCUUAUAUAUCAACUCAGAGGACAUCCCCAAUUACUUGUUUGACUUCUUUGAAGACUUGUCUAAUUGUGCAAGCGCUCUGGACUUCGUUAAACUGGACUUCUAUAGGGGAGCUGUGGCUUCACAAGAUAAGACCCCAGAAGACACAUGCGGGAUGCACACGCAUGAGUCCUCAGGAACCUACAUCCCCAGCAGGGCUGUGUCUUUGUUCUUCAACUGGAAUCAGGAAUUCAAGACCUUGGAGGUCACACUCCAGGAUUUCUGCAAGUUGAAUAACCAAGAUAUCAAAUAUCUGGGGAAAAUAUUCAGCUCUGCUACAAGCCUCAGGCUGUGCAUUAAGAGAUGGGCUGGUGUGGCCAGAAGCCUCAGUUCAGUCCUCAGCACCUGUAAGAACAUCCAUUCCCUCAUGUGGAAGGAAGCCAGUCCCCUCACCUUAGAAGACAAGCAGCAUAUCACAUCUGUGACCAACCUGCACACCCUGAGUAUUCACGACCUACAGACUCAACGGCUGCUGGGUACUGUUGACAGGCUGCACAUUUUGGAAGAGCUAACUGUGCUGAUGCUGCCCUAGUGCAAUGAUGUAUGAAUCAGCCUGACCGGGCUGCUGGAGCAACUGGAGAGGGCCCCAGAGCUCAUCAAGCUUGGGCUGAAAAGCUGGAGACUCACAGAUACAGGGAUUAGAAUUCUAGGUGUAUUGUUUGAAAAGAACUCUCUGAAAAACUUCCAGCAGUUGGAUUUGGUGGGAAAUUGUGUGAGCAGUGACAGAUGGCUUGCCUUCAUGGGUGUAUUUGAGAAUCUUAAGCAACUGGUGCUUUUUUACUUCAGUACUGAAAGACUUCUACCUGAUACAUCACGAGUCAGAAAACUUGGCCAUGCAUUAUCCAAAUUAACUUUUUUGCAAGAAGCUAGGCUUGCUGGGUGGCAAUUUGAUAAUGAUGAAGUCAGUGUUAUUAAAGGUGCUUUUAAACUAGUAACUGCUUAA